UUGAAUGGGGCAGUUGAACGGGAAGACUCUAGGCAGGUGGGACAAGCAAAGCUGAAUCUGAGGUUCACAGAAAGGAGGCCCAGGCAAUAGGGCAGAAGGCCGCCCCCGUUGCGCCCCAUGACUUCUGGCUCCCCCUCUGGUUCUCAGGACGCCAGCUGCCCAGAUUGAACUUGGGUGUCGACCUCAGUGAGUAUGAGAGAAGAGAGGUUAGCUGAGGUCUAGAAGUUGUGAGGAGAACAGAAGCAGAUGCAAAGCUGCCACUGUGUGUGACUCCUUGAACAGGAAGAAUUUGUUCAGAACCUGUUACCAAAGGAGGAGAAUCACUUGCUAUCUUACAGAGUGAAAGUGUCCCUCAGCCAAGCGCCCAGGGCUCUAGUCUGCCCUCAAGAUGGUGGGUGAAGGCCCCUACCUUAUCUCGGAUCUGGACCGGCGAGGCCAGCAGAGGUCCUUUGUGGAGAGAUAUAUCCCAAGCCUGAAGACCAUGAUUCCAGUGAGACCCAAUGCAAAGUUGGCACCCAACCCCGUGGAUGACGCAGGCCUGCUCUCCUUUGCCACAUUUUCCUGGCUCACGCCAGUGAUGAUGAACGGCUACAAGCACAGGCUGACUGUGGACUCCCUGCCCCCGAUGUCCCUGUAUGACUCAUCUGACCUCAAUGCCAAAAGGUUUCGAAUCCUUUGGGAUGAAGAGGUAGAAAAUGUUGGUCCUGAGAAAGCCUCUCUGGGCCGGGUGGUCUGGAAAUUCCAGAGGACCCGCGUUUUGAUAGACACCGUGGUCAACAUCCUGUGCAUCGUCAUGGCCGCCAUUGGGCCGACGGUUCUCAUUCACCAAAUCCUCCAGCAGACUGAGAACAUCUCCAGGAAUAUUUGGGUUGGCGUCAGCCUGUGCGUAGCACUUUUUGCCACCGAGUUCACCAAAGUCCUCUUUUGGGCACUUGCCUGGGCCAUCAAUUACCGCACGGCGAUCCGGCUGAAGGUGGCCCUCUCCACUGCGGUUUUUGAAAACCUGGUGUCCUUCAAGAUGCUGACACACAUCUCUGUUGGUGAGGUGCUCAAUAUACUAUCAAGUGAUAGCUAUUCCUUGUUUGAAGCUGCCUUAUUUUGUCCCUUGCCAGCCACCAUCCCUAUCCUAAUGGUUGUUUGUGCAGUAUACUCCUUUUUCAUUCUGGGGCCCACAGCGCUCAUUGGGAUAUCCGUGUAUAUCAUAUUCAUCCCCAUCCAGAUGUUUAUGGCUAAACUCAAUUCAGCUUUCCGACGAUCAGCAAUUUCAGUGACAGACAAACGAGUUCAGACAAUGAAUGAGUUUCUGACCUGCAUCAAGCUGAUUAAAAUGUACGCCUGGGAGAAAUCUUUCACCAACACCAUUCAAGAUUUAAGGAAGAGGGAAAGGAAAUUACUGGAGAAAGCUGGAUAUGUCCAAAGUGGAAACUCGGCGCUGGCCCCCAUUGCUUCCACCAUAGCCAUCGUGUUGACUUUCUCUUGCCACAUCCUCCUGAGACGCAAGCUCACCGCCCCGGUGGCCUUUAGUGUGAUCGCCAUGUUUAACAUAAUGAAGUUUUCAAUUGCGAUCUUGCCUUUCUCGGUCAAAGCUGUGGCCGAAGCCAAUGUCUCUCUAAGGAGAAUGAAGAAAAUUCUUAUAGCUAAAAGCCCCCCAUCUUACAUCACCCAACCAGAAGACCCAGAUACUGUCUUGCUUUUAGCAAAUGCCACCUUGACAUGGGAGCAAGAAGCCAUCAGGAAAAGCGGCCAAAAAAUUGUGCAGAGCCAGAAAAAACAUUUUCUCUGGAAACAGAGGCCGGAGGCAUAUAGUACGAGUUCAUCAGCCCAGGAAGUCGCCAGCACCAAGGAGCAAAGUGGCAGCCCCAAGGCAGCUCUGCACAAUAUAAACUUUGUGGUGAGAAAGGGGAAGGUGUUGGGAAUAUGCGGGAAUAUUGGGAGUGGAAAGAGCUCCCUUAUUGCUGCUCUCCUGGGACAGAUGCAGUUACAGCAAGGCACGGUGGCCGUCAAUGGGACGCUGGCCUACGUCUCCCAGCAAGCCUGGAUCUUUCACGGCAAUGUUAGAGAAAACAUAUUAUUUGGAGAAAAGUAUGAUCACCAAAGGUAUCAGCAGACGGUUCGCGUCUGUGCUCUGCAGCAGGACCUGAGCAGCCUCCCCUACGGAGACCUGACCGAGCAUUGCCCCUGUCUGCAGAUUGGGGAGCGGGGCCUCAACCUCUCCGGGGGGCAGAGGCAGCGCAUCAACCUGGCCCGCGCCGUCUACUCUGACCGUGAGCUCUACCUGCUGGAUGACCCCCUGUCUGCCGUGGACGCCCACGUGGGGAAGCACGUCUUUGAGGAAUGCAUUAAGAAGACCCUCCGGGGGAAGACGAUCGUGCUGGUGACCCACCAGCUGCAGCUCUUGGAGUCUUGUGAUGAAGUCAUUUUGCUAGAGGAUGGAGAGAUCUGUGAAAAGGGAACCCACAAGGAGUUAAUGGAGGAGAGAGGGUGCUAUGCAAAACUGAUUCACAACCUCCGAGGCUUGCAAUUCAAGGAUCCUGAGCACAUUUACAAUGCAGCGAUGGUGGAAGCCCUUAGGGAGAGCCCUGCCAAAAGAGAUGAAGAUGCUGCUUUGGCUCCAGGAGAUGAGAAAGAUGAAGGGAAAGAAACUGAAGCAGACUCAGGAUUUGCAGAUGUAAAAGUUCCUCUGCACCAGCUCGUCCAGUCUGAAUCCCCCAAGGAAGGGACCGUGACCUGGAAAACGUAUCACACGUAUAUCCAAGCUUCUGGAGGAUACCUGCCCUCUCUCUAUGCAAUAUCCCUGUUCUUCUUGAUGAUUGGCAGCUCUGCCUUCAGCAACUGGUGGCUGGGCCUCUGGUUAGACAGGGGCUCGCAGAUGACCUGCGGGCCCCAGGGCAACAAGAGCGCAUGCGAGGUGGGCGCUAUGCUGGCGGACACUGGGCAGCACGUGUACCAGUGGGUGUACGCAGCCAGCAUGGUGUCGGUGCUGGUGUUUGGCAUCACCAAAGGCUUCACGUUCACCAAGACCACCCUGAAGGCCUCCUCCUCGCUGCAUGAUCAAGUGUUUGACAAGAUCUUGAAGAGCCCUAUGAGCUUCUUUGAUACGACUCCCACCGGCAGGCUAAUGAACCGUUUCUCCAAGGAUAUGGAUGAACUGGACGUGAGGCUGCCGUUCCACGCGGAGAACUUCCUGCAGCAGUUUUUUAUGGUGGUGUUUAUUCUCUUGAUACUGGCUGCGGUGUUUCCUGCCAUCCUCAUAGUCCUGGCUUGCCUGGCUGUGGGCUUCAUCAUUCUCCUACACAUUUUUCACAGAGGAAUCCAGGAGCUCAAGAAGGUGGAGAACAUCAGCCGGUCCCCCUGGUUCUCACACAUCACCUCGUCCAUGCAGGGCCUGGGCAUCAUCCACGCCUAUGACAGGCAGGAGGACUGCAUCGCCAAGUUUAAGAUGCUAAAUGAUGAAAACUCCAGCCACCUCCUAUACUUUAACUGUGCUCUCAGGUGGUUUGCUUUAAGAAUGGAUAUCCUCAUGAACAUCGUCACCUUCAUUGUGGCCCUGUUGGUCACCCUGAGUUUCUCCUCCAUCAGUCCAUCAUCCAAAGGCCUGUCAUUAUCUUACAUCAUCCAGCUGAGUGGGCUGCUCCAAGUGUGCGUGCGAACAGGAAACGAGACCCAGGCCAAGUUCACCUCCGUGGAGCUGCUCAGGGAAUAUAUUUCGGCCUGUAUUCCUGAAUGCACUAAUCCCCUCAAAGUGGGGAGCUGUCCCCAAGACUGGCCCAGUCGAGGGGAGAUAACAUUCAGAGACUAUCAGAUGAGAUACAGAGAUGACACUCCUCUUGUUCUCAGCGGGCUGAACUUGAACAUCCAAAGUGGGCAGACGGUGGGGAUUGUCGGAAGAACAGGUUCUGGAAAGUCUUCUCUGGGAAUGGCCUUGUUUCGUCUGGUGGAGCCAGCUGGCGGCACCAUCUUCAUCGAUGAGGUGGAUAUCUGCACCGUGGGUUUGGAAGACCUCAGAACCAAGCUAACUGUGAUCCCCCAGGACCCUGUCCUGUUUGUAGGUACAGUAAGGUACAACUUGGAUCCCUUUGAGAGUUACACAGAUGAGAUGCUUUGGGAGGUCCUGGAGAGAACAUUCAUGAGAGACACAAUAAUGAAACUCCCGGAAAAAUUACAGGCAGAAGUCACAGAAAAUGGAGAAAACUUCUCAGUAGGGGAGCGUCAGCUGCUUUGUAUGGCCCGAGCGCUUCUCCGUAAUUCAAAAAUCAUUCUCCUUGAUGAAGCCACUGCCUCCAUGGACUCUAAGACGGACACCCAUGUUCAGAAUACUAUCAAAGACGCCUUCAAAGGCUGCACGGUGUUGACCAUCGCCCACCGACUCAACACGGUCCUCAAUUGUGACCUCGUCUUAGUCAUGGAAAAUGGAAAGGUGGUGGAGUUUGACAAGCCUGAAGUCCUUGCUGAGAAGCCAGAUUCUGCAUUUGCGAUGUUGCUAGCAGCAGAAAACAAAGUCCGAUUAUAAAGACCACAUCAGCUGAUUUUAGAGGGGGAAGAUGCAUGAAAUAAGUGGGAUGAGGGGGAGGGGCUGUCAUCUCAGCAGGCAGCCCUGUCCACGGGAUCCUGUACCCCCACAGAACUGGGGGAGCUGGUAGCUUCCCUGCCCCCCAGCCCUUGCCGCCUGGCCUCUCUUAAUGGGCUUGGAGUUGGUCCUGGGUGAUGAACAGAUGUGGAUGAAGCUAGUGGACUAAAAAACUGCCCCUUACCUUCUCAAACCUCAUGGUCCCUCAUGUAUCCCCAUCAACACCACCUCAGGGCCUGAGAAUGGAAACAUUUGACUUUUAGUUAAAACCCUGUCAAAGUAAAUUGAGUGGGGAAAAUGCCCAAGGAUGGAGUUUGUCAAGCUUUCCUUGUCCUGUUAUCAGAAAGAAAAAGAGCAGAGUAUCCUGUUUAACUCUUAUUCACUUCUACUUUGUGUGUGUGACAAGUAGUAACUACACAGAUUUGUAGCAUGAAAGAAUGAUUACAGUGUUUGGCCAAAAAAAAAUUAAAAAAUCAUAUUGUAUAUUCCUUUUGAUCUAUUAGAAUAAGCAAGGAAACAAAAUGUUGGCAGUGGAAAAUAAAGUGACAUCUUUAUAUCUUCUAUAUUUGUCAUUACAAUGUCGCAGGAAAUUAAACUACAGUGAAAUGUUCCCUUGCAAUUAUUUUACUGAAGAUAUUCCAGUUUCUGUUGUUUCCUUUCACAGACCCUCAUUGCUUUCUUCACUGACUUAAUAAUCACCCCCAAAGUGUUUCCCCAAUAAAAGGCUUUC